AUGACGGCAAACAUUGCAAAAACUACCGUAUAUCCGAUUCCGGAUUUACGCUUUGAGCAAUCCUUUUUCAGGUCGCUUCAGACAUACGCUAACAAGAAGGCUGGCAUCAACCAUACGCUUUCGGAAAAAGAACUCAAGUUAAUGGGAGUGGAUGAAAGUGCCGAAGAUUUGAAUGUCGAGGGAAACACUCUUCAGGCUCCAGUCGCCCCACUUGCUCCAAUAACGCCCAGUGUUGUUGCAUAUGCCGUGAUUAAGGACCAAAUCAUUUUACCUCUCCUCCAAGGUUUUCUUUGGAGCGGCUUUUUGUUGUGUCUUGGCCCUGUUAUGAGGGCUAUAGUGGCCAAUGGACAAACAUGCGGCACGUGGCUAGCACAGAUGGUAGGGCUCGGAAGAAAACCAGUAUACGGACGUGGGUUUACUACAACUUAA